AUGGGAGCUGAGAGUGAUAACGAUAAAUUGAAGGAAUAUAUAGACGGAUUGAAUAAAUUAGAUACUCAAUUGAUAAACAUUACACAACAAUUCUCCCAGUUGGUUUCCUACAAAGAACUUAAAACUGUAGCACCAAAUGGAUUAUCUGAUAUUGAAUCAUUUAAACAGAAAACAAUUCAAUUGAAAGAGGCAUUCGAUUAUGCUGCAAUUAGCGAGCAGAAUAAUGGGCCCAGUUUUAAUAAUGCUCCUGCAACAGAAAUUAAUGAGAAGACAGUUAAGCAAGACAAAGUGCCAUAUCAGAAGUUGAAACGCGCGAAUUUUGACCAGAUUGAAGUGAAAAGUACUCAAGAUAUCAGUAAUUUGUUAGAGACUAUUAUACCUACAUACACCGGUAUAAAGAGCUACAAAUACGAGAGAAAUGCGAUCUUUGUAGAACUUACCAAUGAUCUCGUCGCUUUAGUAUCACUCAGCGAUCUUGAUUACACAGUCACUCGCGUCAAUUUUCAAUCAAGCAAAGAAACAAAGAGCAAACCGGACUAUUUCGUCUCAGAAUACCAUUUAUGUCAGAAGCUCACAGCUGUAUCAACAACAGAUCUCAUGAGUUGCAAUAUAACACACGCUUUGAGUACGUUAAACAGCUAUGCUGUUAUGCUUUUCAAGGAACCUUGCUAUGUUUGCAAUAAAGUCAUCAGUCAUAACAGCGAGUUCUUCCCGCCCUCUCGAAAUAUAUACGUAGAAGAUGACGAUAAACCACACUGGAUAUCGUUACACACGACUUGCUCAUAGAAAUUCUCAUAUUGUUGUAUAA